AUGACCGACAGAUCUUGGAUUACAGCACUGCCACGGAGAUGUCUACGGGCAUCGCGAAAGAUACUAUGUCCAAUACAGCGACCCGCUACCUCAGACACGAUCGCUCGUCGCCCUGAAGUAACGCGUGAAUCCGAAUCACAGCCGAACAACCCAUGGAAUCUCGAACGAAUAUCCCCAGGCUAUGCCACAAAUGAUGGUUCACCCCUAUGCCACGAUGAUGAAACCGAGGAAUCUGGCGCAUAUGUAUACGUUAUUGAUUCUGGCAUAAAUUUCUUUCAUGAUGAAUUCUCUGGCCGAGCUCUACACGGAGAAAACUUCGUCCCAGAAUCACCAGACUACGAUGAAGUUGGGCAUGGUACUCAUAUGGCAGGAAUUAUCGGAGGGACUACGUAUGGCGUGGCUAAGAAUUGCACCAUGAUUUCCGUCAAGGUGGUGGAUAAAAGGGGUAAAGGCAAACCAAAGUGGCUCCGCCAGGCCAUUGAAUGGGCUACCAAUGACGCUAUCGCGAAGGGUGUCGCGGAAAAGAGCGUCAUCAACAUAUCUCUCGGCUGGAAGUACAGUGCCACGACUAACCACGCUGUGAAGAAAGCUACGAACGCUGAUAUCACGGUAGUUGUUUCAGCGGGUAAUCAUAGUAAGCCCGCUUCCACCUAUUCCCCUGCCUCAGCCAGUACUGCCAUCACAGUCGCUGCGAGUGGCCCCGAUAACCGCCGUGCUCCGUUCUCCAACUACGGCCUUUGCGUUAAUAUAUUCGCUCCGGGCACUCGUGUCCCUACUGUUCCGAGCUCAGUCGACAAUGGACCUCAGUAUAGUUCUGGCACGAGUCCGGCAGCAGCACACGUAUCGGGUCUAGCUGCGCAUUUCAUUUCCAGCGAGAACUUGAGGGGUUUCAAGGCUGUGAGGAAGCGGAUUAUGCGUGCGAGUUUGAACGGGGUGAUAAAAGAUAGGCGUUGGAGCAGGAACCGUCUUGCAUUUGACGGUGUGUCAAGGGAUUGA